AUAAAAUUAAAUCGUUACCAUAGUCACCGUAGUUUUAUGGUUAAAAUUCAAAUUAAGUCGACUGGAGUUUUAAAUUAGGUUAAUAUGUGAAAUUCUCAAUAUUAUUAUUUUCAAAAACAAUGAAAUUCCUUGUUCUCUUGACUAUUUGUAGCACUUCACUUCCUUUGUUUGUCUACUGCGAGCGAAGAGUAUUUGGGGGUGCUUUGGCCAGUCCCGGACAAUUUCCAUAUCAAGUUCAAUUGGAGCAUAAAGGAAAAGGAAUUUGCACAGGAACCAUAAUUGACGACAGAUGGGUGAUAACGGCAGCACACUGUGUGCAAGAGAAAGAUGGCGACUUUUCAAUCAGAGCUGGAUUUGUGAAGAAAUCUAUGGGCGAAGGACAAGUACGUAAGAUAGCACAAAUAGUUGUGCAUUCAGAUUACUCUACACAGAUUGCUAAACAAGAUUUGGCAUUAGUGAAAGUUGAAAAGCCAUUCAAUUUUACUGAAGGAAAAGUGAAAAAUAUCAGCCUGAGCGAUGAUGAAUGGCCUUCUAAAGGAGAAAGGACUUGCACAAUAGCUGGUUUUGGACUCACCGAGAAUAAAACUAGUGGAGAGUUGCGGUUUCUACAGGUAAAAGCAUUCCAUGGACAAGGAUCAUGUCCGUGUAUUGUCAAAAACUUUAGAUUAAGAAGGCUAGUUUGCUUGGCAUCAAAAGCAGGACAAGGAGCAUGCUUUGGGGAUUCUGGUGGAGGGAUAAUUUGUGACGGAAAAGUGGUAGGCGUUGCCCACAUGGUAAUGGAUAGAAGGUCAUGCCAGUACUUUGAAGCACCUGACCGAAAUAUCGAUUGUGGAUCAGAAAGUGUUUAUGCUAUGUAUAUGUACGUUUGUCCCCUCCUAGACUGGAUAAAGCAACAUGUCCCAAGCGUUCCGGCAACUCCUAAAAGUUGUCAGGGUAACAUUAUUACACCUUCUUUAACCAUUUUAUUUAUGUGUUUGUACAUUAUAAAGAUGGUUUGUUUUUAACAACUUUUUAUUAAUAGAUCUUUUUAUAAAAAGUGGUUAUAUAAUGAUUACAUUGUCCUAUUUAGAUGCACCUACAAUUUUUCAAUUCCUUGAACAAUGCGCAGGCAUUCCUGGAUAGAUUACUUACUUACCUGAUACUUUUCUCCCACUGGAAGCGCGAUUGCGCCGUGAUUAUCAGAUUAUUUAUCAUAGUGCGUCAUAAACAUAAACACUGAAUAAUCAAUAUUUGACUAACAUUGUUAAAAAUAGAAUAACAACUAUUUUUAAUUGUUUGGCAAUAUCAGGAGGUGUUGCGGAUAGGUUGCUUACGUUAUCGUUUAAAAAAUCCUCUCUCUCUAACUAUUGUCAAUAAGCCACUGUGUAAUUAUGUUUUUGAAACUGUUAUA